AUGAUGUUUGGUUCUUCCCACCAGGAGCGAUAUGGUGAAAUCACUAAAGAAACGGCUUUUUCUAUCAUGGACACCUACUAUGAUAACGGAGGCAACUUCAUCGACACAGCCAAUGUCUACCAGAAUGGCGAGUCGGAGCAAUGGUUGGGCGAGUGGAUGUCCGCUCGCCAGAUCCGAGAUCAGCUUGUGCUGGCAACGAAGUACAGCAAUGCUUAUUCGGGUAAGCCAGGCGACAUUCAGGCGAAUUAUCUGGGCAACGGGACGAAGUCCAUGCGUCAGUCCCUUGAAAAAUCUCUUCAAAACCUGCAGACAACAUACGUGGAUCUUUUCUAUGUGCAUUUCUGGGACUACACGACAUCCAUCCCCGAGCUGAUGCAUGCUUUGAACGACCUGGUCUCCUCAGGGAAAUACGCCCGUGACCACGGCCUGCGCCAGUUCGUUGUCUACCAGGGGAUGUGGAACGCUUCAAUGCGGGAUUUUGAACGCGAUAUCAUUCCCAUGGUGCACGACGAAGGCAUGGGUCUAUGUCCUUAUGGGGUUUUCAAUCAAGGACGUUUUCAGACUACGGAGGGAUUCAAACAACGCGAAAAGAACCACGGAGGUCGCAAUUUUAUCCCACUUUCAGAACGUGAUAAGCAGGUAUCUGCACAGCUAGAAAGGCUGUCUGAGAAAACCGGCUACUCACUGUUCAAUAUUGCCUUGGCCUACGUACUCCAGAAGACGCCCUAUGUCUUUCCGAUCGUCGGCGCACGGAAGAUCGAACACCUUACGCACAACAUUCCCGCUGUGGAGAUUUCGCUGAGCGAGAAAACAUUGCUGAGAUCGAACGCGCCUACCCCUUUGAUCACGGAUUUCCACAUACUUUCUUGA